AUGCAAUAUUGGAAAGUAGCCAAAUUAGCUAAUUAACUCUAUGAUGAUUGGGAUAAGAUAAAGGGAAAUGAAAAACAUUCAUAGAAUUACAAAGAUUAAAUAUUGAAAGAUGCUCAUUAAAAUCGUAAGGAAUCCGAGGAGAAACUCUUGGUUUACAAAUCCAUCGUGAAAAGAGCAAAUGAAUUCAAAAGAUAUUACUGUGAACAGAUGUCUUAGUUAUUAAAACGGCUUGAAGAGCAUGAAGUAGAGAGAAUACAAAGUCUUAAAGCUGCUGCUGAUAAGAUUAUUGUAUAUGAGACGUCAUAUGAGAUGAAUAAUAAAUAUGAUGCCAAAGCUUUUGUAAAGGUAUCUGAAUCUAUAAACGAAGACAGAUAGAUUAAGUUCUUCAAGUCAAAGGUCAAUUUAAUGAAGACUUAUGAUUAGAAGGAUUUGUAAAUACCUGUGAGCCCAACUCCUUCUAAUCAGCAUUCUAAGCAUUAGAUUUUCGGUAUUCCUUAGAAGCAACUAUCUCAUAAAACUGAUGAUUCAUUGGAUGAGGAUAUGCAGAUAGAGAUGUUAGGUGGUAGACUAUCCAAUUAAUCUUUAACUACAAAAUUAACAGAUCCAGUCUCAAGAAAACUUUCAGAUGACAUGGAAGGAUUCUUGAGAGAGGCAAUCUUUAAUUGUUAAGCAACCAACGAGGAUGUACUUAAGCAGUUUAAGUCUAUGAUAGAGACGAAUUCGGGGAGAAUUAUUUAUAUGAAAAAACUUAAUAUCUUUAGAACUAAUUAGCAGUGCGCUUUAUAGAGCAGGGAAAAUUACAAUAAUCUAUGUAAAAUAAUGAUGAUUAUGCUCGACGAAUGCCAUAAACAAAUGGAUGUUUAAUGUGCAAUGAAAACGCUAGUAUUUUCUAACAAUUUCUACAUUGAGAACAAAGAAGCAGGCUAGAGGCCAAGAGAUUACCUAUAGAAUGGGAUUUCUUAGCAUGAAAUCUGGAAAGAUUUUAAAUUCUGGGAAAGAGCUAUAUAUGAAUAAAUCUAGUGUGAGCUUAGUGAACAAAAGAACUAUGUAGAGUUAGACAAGAAUAAUGUCACAAAAUAAAUAGUAUUUGCAUAACUCUGCUCGCUUCAACAUGAGAUGCUAUGCUUUGAUCUAGAUAAAGAAAAAAUAAAAGAUCUAAUUCAGAUAUUCUGUCAUAAUUACAAACUAAUUCAAAAAGAUAUUACAGAUUUAAAUACAAGACUAGUGAACUUUGGCAUCUUCGAAGGAGAUAGCACACCCAAAGAAAAUUACUCUAAUUACGCCAGCGGAUAGAUUUAAAGUGAAGCAAAGAGAGGUGUCCCACAGUGGCUCAAAGAGAUAGAAAACUAUGAUGUAAAUCCCUUUGAUGUUUAAUCGAAUAAUUUAUAGAGGCCUAGAGAUUAGAUGAGCAGUAGCAUGAGUUUUAAUGAUAGCUCCUAAUUGGGAAUAAGUCUGGGUAAUACAACAGCUAAUUUGUCAAUGACUCAGUAGAAAUCAUCAGAGUCGUCUAAAAUCUCUAAAAAUCCAAGUAAUGCUCAUCUGCUGAAUCCCAAUAUUAAAAGUAGCAGCGGGGUAAACAAUACAAAAGAGUUCAGUGAGUAAAGGAUUCAACUUCCUCAAACGUUAAUGAAGAGAGGGGUAAGUAUGGGAUCAGGCUAGAAAACCUAAAAUUUUAUAUACCAGAAGCCUUGA